CUGUCACCGCCUGCUCUGGCCAUGGCUAGGGCGCUUGGGUUAUAAAUUGGCGACCAAAGCUCCCGACGCGGCCCUGGUCCUGAUGGCGGCGGCGGCGGCCCUGGCAGCAGCCGAGCCACCUCCCGCGAUGCCGCAGGCGUCAGGAGCCGGAGGGCCAGCCGCCCGCAGAGAUUUCUACUGGCUGCGCUCCUUCCUGGCCGGAGGUAUUGCUGGAUGCUGUGCCAAAACAACAGUUGCUCCUUUGGAUCGAGUGAAGGUUUUAUUACAAGCUCACAAUCACCAUUACAAACACUUGGGUAUGACAGCAGUUAUCUGUACUUACCCUCUUGAUAUGGUUAGAGUACGCCUAGCAUUCCAGGUGAAAGGGGAACACACUUAUACGGGAAUUAUUCAUGCAUUCAAAACAAUUUAUGCAAAGGAAGGUGGUUUCCUUGGAUUUUACAGAGGCUUGAUGCCUACUAUAUUAGGAAUGGCUCCAUAUGCAGGUGUUUCAUUUUUUACUUUUGGUACCUUAAAGAGUGUUGGGCUUUCCCAUGCUCCUACCCUUCUUGGCAGACCUUCAUCAGACAAUCCUAAUGUCUUAGUUUUGAAAACUCACAUAAACUUACUUUGUGGUGGUGUUGCUGGAGCAAUAGCACAGACAAUAUCCUACCCAUUUGAUGUAACACGUCGGCGAAUGCAGUUAGGAACUGUUCUUCCAGAAUUUGAAAAGUGCCUUACCAUGCGGGAGACUAUGAAGUAUGUCUAUGGACACCAUGGAAUUCGCAAAGGAUUAUAUCGUGGUUUAUCUCUUAAUUACAUUCGCUGCGUUCCUUCUCAGGCAGUGGCUUUUACAACAUAUGAACUUAUGAAGCAGUUUUUUCACCUCAAUUAAAACAUAUCGUUAUUUCUUUUCCUUAAUAAACUCUCAGAGGGAAAAAUAAAAUGUUAAUUUAAUUUGGGGAGAACAUUACUUGAAGGGGGAUAUUUACCCUGUCACAGGAACCACUGGUAUUUUAGUACUUGAGUUUUCUAUUCAUCACAAAUCAAAAGUGCUUACUAUACUUUUACGCCAAAAGUUAUAUCUUAGAACAUUGCAAAAAAAUCCUAAGCUGAUGCUGGCUAAUCAGUAAGGUUAUUUGAAACCAUUUUAAAGUAUUAUUUGGAUAGAACUAACUUAAAAUGGGAUUCAAAAAGUUGCCAUUAGUUUUAUCAUGCUAUUCCAAGCUUUUAAUUGUAAUCAUGAUUUUCAAAGACUCUAAUGUUGGUUGCUGUUAUUGUUAUUAUUAUUAUUAUUAUUAACAGUCUUGGUUAUAUUGCAGCAGAAUGAUGAGAGCUGAAAUUUUAAGUUAUAUAAAACAUAGGUUAGAAGCCAGCAUUGAAGUAUUAUUCUUAAUAUUUCUCUUCUCAUAAUUCUGCUCCACUGGAUAAAAGGACAAACACUUUUUCUCUUCAUUUUUUGAUAAAUGUUGUAUUCAAAAAGUAACCGUGUAGAGACUCAUCGGUAAGUCAAGAAUUUUCAGGUAUUGCUCAAAUGUCAUUCCCAGUUUCUGAGUGAUUUAAAUGUGUUUUUAAAAGUCAAUGUAUUUCCCAAAGGCAGUAAUAGUAAAUACUGAAUAUCUUUGCUCUCAAAACAAGUUAGCAUUAUAGAUUUGUUUUUGUUAGAUGAUUUGAUGUAUACUAGAAAAUUUAUUUAAAUGGACUGUGAAAUAUAUCCAUUAAUAUAGAUGUGAAUGUCAAAGAAUGUUUCCGAGUAUUAUGUUAUGACACAGCAACUAGUUCUUCCACGUAAAAUAAUUUUAGUGCAAUAUAAACUUAAGUAGAAAUGUAAAACAUGAUCUGAAUUGCUAUCAUUUAUAUUAAAAUGGUUUAAAAUGUAAGAAUUCCAGUUAUGUUUAGAGUAGUUUUUAUGUUUUAUUAUAAGCAUGACAAAAAUGGGAGGGGAACAGUUAUAGUUCUGUCCUCAGAAACAGCAAUUUGUAGAAUUGAUGUGAUUUUUAAGACAUUAGAAAACUAAAUUGAAAGUGUUAUUUCUGCUUCAAUUUUUAUUAUUUUGCAUAAAAGAUUUCUUGUCAUAACUUGGUAAAAAUUUUAUGAACUGGUUUCAUUUUCAAAGUCUUUAUUUUAAAAUAAAUGUGUAUCUUUGUAUGAUUUAUAAUGUACCCACAGGUAAAAAUACAUGUGUUCCUAAAACUAUUUUGUAUAUUUUCAUUUCUCGGCUACACUGUAGCUAAAUACUGCUAUCAAAUCUCAAGAUAAUUUAAAUGUAUAAAAUAAGUAUCUCAGUUAUGUUAACAAUAAAA